GCGUCUGCCGCGCGCGUCGUGGAGUGGCGGUAGUAUGCCGGCGCCGCAGCCCCGCUCCGCCCGCGCUCCGGCCGCCCGCGCCGCCGCGAGUGCCGCGCGCCUGCACCACUCCGCCGUCUACAGCGUCCGCAGCGCCGACAACAUACACCACGCUAUUACACGUCUCACGUCUACCGGAAUGUAAAUAUUUAUGGAUGUCAGUUUUCAGUUGUUUAGAUUGGCUGUGAAUUUUAAGGUGAAAAUGAAAUCGACAAGGCGUGUUCGGGUACAUGAAGAUGCUAUACGCCAUAGUGAGUGUAAGAGUGGCGGCGACCGGCUGGCGACGCCGCGGAUGUCGCUACUUGGCAAACCGCUCAGCUACCGCGCCACGCGACGCGACGCGCGAUACCGCCGCCUUCAGUCCAAGUUCUACAAUUUUCUUGAACGGCCUCGAGGAGUUAAGGCUGUCCUUUAUCACAUGAUCGUGUUUUUGAUGGUGUUCAUGUGUUUGUCGCUGUCAGUUUUUUCAACAAUUGAAGAAUACGAAGCAAAAGCAGGAAUUGUCCUUUUCUAUAUGGAGACAGUGGUUGUAAUUUGGUUCGCCAUCGAAUUCUUUUUAAGGUUAUGGUCGUCAGGAUGCAGGUCCCGGUAUCAAGGAUCGAUAGGUCGCCUCAAAUUUUUGAGGCGGCCAUUUUGUAUAAUAGAUGUGACCACAAUACUAGCUUCAGUAGUGGUGCUGGGGAUGGGCUCGUCGGGGCAAGUGUUCGCCGCGUCUGCCCUGCGCGGACUACGCUUCUUCCAAAUCCUGCGCAUGGUGCGCAUGGACCGACGCGGCGGCACCUGGAAACUACUCGGCUCCGUCGUCUACGCACAUCGCCAGGAAUUAAUAACUACCUUAUAUAUUGGGUUCCUCGGGCUCAUAUUCGCCUCAUUUCUGGUGUACUUAGCUGAGAAAGACGUCGCGGAUACAAAGUUUAAAAAUUUCGCAGAAGCUUUGUGGUGGGGUGUGAUCACGCUGUGCACGGUGGGGUACGGCGACAUGGUGCCGCAGACGUGGCAGGGCAAGUUCAUCGCCUCCUUCUGCGCACUGCUGGGAAUAUCCUUCUUCGCGCUACCCGCCGGAAUACUUGGGUCUGGCUUUGCCCUCAAAGUUCAGCAGCAACAACGUCAGAAGCAUAUGAUCCGGAGACGGCAGCCGGCCGCCACGCUCAUCCAAGCGCUGUGGAGGUGUUACGCCGCAGACGAGCACUCCAUGAGUGUCGCCACCUGGAAGAUACACCAAGUGCCACUUCCCAGUCCACAAGCCAGCCGAGUGAUGAGUGCGUCAUUCAAGAACAAUGCAUCCUUUGUGUCGCGGCUGCCGACGAUCCGCCGCCACAAGAGCACCUCGCUGCACUCCCCCGCGCCGCACUCCAAGCCCGCACAUAGAUACGAUGUCAAUGCCAGCGCUGAAAAUCUUGGCGCGACGGCAGGCCGACCGGCGCGCGCGCCGCCCGUGCACCCGGCGCACAGCGAGGACUCGGUGGCCGAGACACCACUCUCCAAGAAAAACUCUGAUGAUGAGGAGGACGAGCCGCGCUGCGUGACGUUGACGUCACGCCACAAAGCUGCCAUACGAUUUAUAAGAAAGAUGAAGUAUUUUGUGGCCCGACGUAAGUUUAAAGAAGCGCUAAAGCCUUACGACGUCAAGGACGUAAUUGAACAGUAUUCUGCGGGCCACGUGGACCUGCUGGGCCGCGUGAAAAACGUCCAGACUAGGUUAGACCAAAUACUUGGAAAACAAGGAUCUAAAGCUAAAGAUGUCUACGCAUCAAAAAUCAGCCUAGCUUCCAGAGUAGUUAAAAUUGAAAGACAAGUAGAUGAUAUAGAAAGUAAGUUGGAUCAUUUAUUAGAAAUGUAUAAGGAAGAUAGAGGAGCGUCACGAAGGCUAGGAGGUAGUAGUGCCAACGGAGGAGAAGGUGGCCCCUCAGGAGAGGGAGGGCUGCUGGCGCGGCACCGGCCGGCGCUCACGGAGAAGCAGUGCUCCGAGCCCAACUCCCCGGUGUCGCGCACCUUCGAGCCGCCCGCGCCUGUCGCCGCGCCGCUCGUGCCCUACAAACGUCCCAUGAACCGAGGAUAUUCAGACCUCGGUAGCAGAUUCAUGAAAAAAAAAGUUAUCGUAAAGACAGCAAGUUCAAGUCGCAACGGUGAUUCCCCCAGGGACGACGAAGUAGUUAUCGUAGUGCCGGACCGCGAGGUCACGCCUCCCCGACUUGUUACCGACAGCUCAGAAGUUUGCGCCAGUUGCUCCGCGGGAGCGGAAACUGAGCCUCGAUCGGUGAGCUCAGGGUCUGCAUCGUGGUGCGAAGGAGACGCCGCCGAGGAGCGCGGCUACGGCUCCGGAGACUCCCUGGCCGAGGACGCGGCGCUGCUCGGCGACGCCGCUCAGGCGUCCCAGCCCCGCGUCAUGCGCAACCAGCGGCGAGACGUGGCUGUCGACCUACACCUCCUGCGACCUGACGUCUGAGACAACGUCUCCUCCUCAUCCAACCCAAUAAUAUACUAUGGCUUUCCACCAAAUUCAUGUUCCCAUCGUCAUUCAUUGUAAAUAAUUAUUACGACGUUCGCACAAUAUUAAAAUGGCACAACGCUGUCCAUUCACAUAAUUUCCUUAUUGAUAGGUGCUUGUAAUGAGAAAAUGAGCAAUCAUAGUUUAGGUAAAAGGAGUAGAUAGUUGGUAAGAUGUCCUGUGCAACUCCAAUAAAUUAAAUAUACAACGAGAUGAUGUUGUGAUAAUCACUUCCACUCGUUUACGUAUAAAGACCAAGGACUCUUGGACAGAGUUCGUACCUAAGUAAUAUUUAUCGUUACGCUUACAUUGUUUAAUUAUUUAUUUCUUUAAAAGAUAUGAGAUUUACGAAUAAUUUAAAUAGAAAAAUACUAUAUAAAAAUGUACCAUAACUGUUAAGUUGUACAUAUUUUUGUAAUAAGUUGUUUAAUAAUUAUUAUAGAUCUUUAUUGUACCUAGUAAUAAUUAGUAAAAGUAUUCGCAGUGAACGAAAACCGGAUAAAUCGACAAUCCUGAGUAAAAUAUAGAUAGGCUAGAUAAUAUAAAAUGCCUAAAAUCAAAAUUUAUAUCUACCUACUAGACAUUUUAUAAAUGGAAACAUCUAGGUUUAUAACGUUUGCAAAUAAUGUAGGUAGUGUAAAUUACUGUACUGUUUAUAAAAGAAUAGAUAACUAUAAAUAAUUACAUAAUUACAAAGAAGCUGUGAUAGACAUUCAGUUUUUCCAUCAUGCCGUAUAAACAAGUCUAUAGUUAGUGGCCACUACAAAACAUUUAUUUCAGUAUUAACCAUAAAAGUAGGCAAACAUUUAGAUCGAAUCAACAAAUUACUUUCUAUUUCUGUGUUCCCAUUUAAUUAAUUAGUAAAGUUCUAUUCUCGAACCAAUUUUAAAAUUUAACAUGUUUCUUAAUAAAAGCAGGGUAAAUAAUUGCCUGAAUCAAAAUAAAUAAGUAAGAAUAUAUAUGUAAAAUGCUUUAUUAAAAAACGUCAUGAAUAACGAAUGGCGCACGUCUCACAACUGUCUGCAGGUACUCUCAGCUAAUUCUGUGACUGAAAUUGUCAUGUAAACCGUUCUUAAACGUUAUCAAUAUAUUUCACAUAAAUAACCAGGAACAUUAACCUAAAGUCAGUAGUAGGUAACUACCUACUUUUGGUUACCAAACAUCUCAUAAAAGUCUCUUAAGAGACUUCAAUACCUACUCCGCUUCUGAAAUAACAAAUUAAGUGAUUAUUUACUAUUUUGUAAUGUUGCUGUCGCACUAAAACCGAUAAGCUAUAACUGAAAAAAUGAUAAGUACCUAAGUAGGUAUGUUUAAUAUAAACUAAAAUAGUGGCAAUAAGUAUAUGUAUUUCACAACUUAUUUUCGAAAUUUCAAAAGGCUGCGAUUCUUUUUAACGCUUAUUUACUAUUCAAAAUUAAUUAUUUGCCGCAUGUCAUACGCGGCGAGUAGAAAGGCCGCGUUAAAAGAAGCUUUAUCGCACUACAGUUGACAUUCGAUUCAAUAUGGAGUCAAUGGAGUGCGCUUAAAAUUAAGAGCUAAGAGCAUCCAAAGUCACAGAAUUAGAUGGGUCAAAUCCCUACUUGCGAGUGUUCCUACAUCGUCAUAAUCGGCCAUUAUAAUAUAUUAAGGACAAUAUUUCCAGUCUGACAAGUGCGGUUUUACUAACAUUAUAAUUAUUAUUGGAUUACAAUCUAAACACAUUCAAGGUAUUUACUUACAUUUUAUUCAUAGGCGAGAAGUCAUCAGUUCAGUAAAAUAGUACAUACAAUGGGACCUACUAUUGCCUAACUGCUAGAUCUAUGAAUUGUGAUAUGUUUAUGAAUUACUAACUUACCUAAGUCAAUUUACACUGUAUAUAUUAAAUCAAAAUAACGACAAAACUGGCAAUGUAACUGUAUGAAAUAAUGUAUUUGUAUAUUACUGUGAACGUUCAAAAUUGCAAAUUUUAAGUUAAUUACCUCAUAAACUAAAUAAUUUAAGUAAGAAGUAUGUAUUUAAUUUUACAAUACAUAAUUCCAGUUUACUCAUUUUGAGAGCCCAUAAAAACAUGCUACAUCGGAUCCAGCCCAAUAGCUAUUUAAUUAGAUAGGUACUACACCUACCUAGGUACUAAUUAGGUACCCACAGGAGGUUAUUUGAUUAGCACGAUACUUUUUACGUAUUGUUUGAAUUUUUACAGUAAUAGACACAUAAUGGCAGAGAAUGCUAUUGCCAGAUUAUGGCCUAAUAAUACAUACCUUAAAUCCCAAACAUAUCUAGACUUAAAGCACAUACUAAAUAAACCCUUGCUUGUCAAAUACAGUUAUCGAAACAGAUGGAAUUGUUUUAAUCGCCCAGUAGCAAAGCAACCAGCCAGCACAAUAAAUUAAUCACAGACCUA